AUGAUGAAGUAUGUGCCCAUGAUAGAGCACGGCAGUUACAGAGCCAGGGUGACACCGAGGAUCCGGAGGGCCAAGGUGGAGCAGAAGGCUCAGACAACUGAGGCGGCGGCAGUGGGGCUCCGGAAGACCUUGGUGGAGCCGGAGCAACUGAGGAUGGAGGCAGAGCCAGAGGGGAGGAGGAGCCUGACAGAGCCAGAGGGAUGGCAUCCAUAUCCUUCAAAGAUGAAUUUCAUUUUUUUGACCCUCUUGAUUAUUAGUGGAAUUACUUACUCAAGAUCAGAUCAGUAUGAAGUAGUGAGUCCUGCAGAUACAAUAAUUGCUUUAGCUGGUGAAGAUGUGAUUCUGCCCUGUUCAGUUAAGCCCAGCAUCAGUGUUGUGGACAUGAAAGUGGAGUGGUUUAGAUCUGAUCUGAAAGACUCACAACUAGUGCAUCUCUAUGAGGAUCAUGAUGACAGAAACACAGAACAGCUUCAGUCCUACAGAGGGAGAACAAAAUUGAAUCCUCAAGAACUACAGAGAGGAGAUGCAUCACUCAAACUCUCAUCUGUCCGAGUCUCUGAUGAAGGACGUUACAAGUGUUUUAUUCAGUCCAAAUCCUGGUCCGAUGAUGCUACUGUUGAUGUCAGUGUUGAAGCUGUAGGAAGUCCCCCGGUGAUCACUGUAGAUGGAUUUGAUCAAUCAGGAGGGCUUCGUCUACAAUGUGAAUCUGAAGGUUGGAACCCUGAACCUUUUCUUGAGUGGCUGAACAUUGAAGGAGUCCGUAUAAGUUCAGAAACAACAGAAAUGCAAAGAAACACAGACGGGUUCAGUGUGAAACACACCAUCACUGUACAACACAGAGAUGACAAGAUUCACUGCAGAGUCAGACUGAGACAUCACAUGCUGGAGACACUGAUUUUGACCUCAAGUAAGAGUUUUUAUCCUUGGAGGACAUUAAUCAUCUUGUCUACAAUUGCUGCUGUACUCGUUGUGAUUUCUGGAAUACUGUUAGCUGUGUUUGUUCGUAAAAACAGAGUUCACUCAUAG